AAUAUGAAAUCACUGAGAAGUGGCAGAGAAUGUAAAGACAACAUUAUAGUAGUUCAGUCAAUAAUGGCAAAUGGAAAUGCCAAGGAAAAAGUUUAUUUAACAGGACACCCUGCAACAGUACAUAAAAUAAUCAGGGAGUUCCCCCAAGGAGAUUGCUCCUCCUGUCAGAAAAAAGGAGGCAGCCAACCAGACGAGGAACCUGUAUUCCGUGGUGUAAAAGUUCGUGUACAUCUUUGUCAUAAAGGGAACUGUGCAAGGGAUGCUAAAAUGCUACUGGAAUAUGGCCUGCCCUCUAUUUUACAUCAGUUUGGUUAUCGUCUUGGGGGAAUAAAUACUGGACCUCCACC